UGACACCGAGCAUCAAACCAGCUGACGGGCUCAGAUUUUACCGUUUACCGGCCGGUGUUUCAGCCUCCUCUGUUGUCUCUUCUCCUCUCAUUGAACCGUUGGAUGUGUUUUUUGCGGGAUGCUAACAUGUUGUGAUUCACCCUGCAAGCGAUGAAUGAAACGAGCACCGAGGGGACCACCGGACCGGCGGAGGUUCUGCUGACUUCGGGCUGCCGAGCCCCGCUCUACGGGCUGGUCGGAGGAUGGAGCCGAGGCUGAGCGGGGAUGGCAAGCCGUCCGUGUCCUGGUUCCUCGGCCCUGCCCUCGUCCUCUCCAUCCUGGCGGUGUUAGUGAGCUGCCACGGGACGUGCAAGCACCGAGUCCCUUCUCCCGAGGAGGUUGUCCAUCAUGUGUACUUGAAGCCUGAGCGUCUGACGAAGAGAAGCUCCCCUGACGACCUCCAACUGAAGAUAAAGAUCAUCUACGACUACAGUGUUGACCAGCUUCCUGCAGACAAGAGGAGACUGGUAAAGGAUAAGCUGUUUCCUCAGGCCAUCGAUUACCUGCAGAGAGCCUUCAGUGUGAGGCGCAGGGUGGGUCCUGUGCUGCUCAGCAGACAAUGUGCAACCAACCAGUACCUGAGGAAGAGAGAUGACCCUCAUCGCUACUGCCAGGACGCCUGUGCAGACGUCACCCGGUGUGGCCCUGUCGUCGUACCUCAGCACCACCUGCAGCAAUGCAAGGUGUGCAGUGAGUCAGGGAAGUCCUGUGGCCCCCUGGGGCCCCCAGAUGGCCCCGGAGUGGAAGGGUCCGACUUUGUGCUCUAUGUCAGCGGCAUCACCACAGAGCGCUGUGGGCAGGAGAACAUAGUGGCCUACGCUGCUUACUGCCAGCUGGAAGCAGAGCUGGACAGACCUAUAGCAGGCUAUGCCAAUCUGUGUCCUGCCAUGAUCUCCUCUCAGCCUCAGGAGUUUGAAGGGAUGCUGUCCACAGUCAAACAUGAGAUCAUCCACGCUCUGGGGUUCUCAGCUGGUCUGUUUGCCUUCUACCACGAUGAUGAGGGCAAACCUCUGACUCCUCGAUUCACCAGCGGCCUGCCCGCCUUCAACGAGAGCCUGGGUCUGUACCAGUGGAGUGAGGCGGUGAUCAGGAGGGUCAGCAGGCUGUGGGACAUCAGAGGAGGAGUGAUGGUCCGACACCAAGUCCACGUCCUCGUCACUCCCCGAGUCGUGGAGGAGGCGAGGAGACAUUUUAACUGUCCCAUCUUGGAGGGGAUGGAGCUGGAGAACCAGGGAGGGACAGGGACUGAGCUGAACCACUGGGAGAAGAGACUGCUGGAGAACGAGGCGAUGACGGGCUCCCACACUCAGAACCGGGUGUUUUCUCGGCUGACGCUGGCCAUCAUGGAGGACAGCGGCUGGUACCGUGCCAACUACAGCCUGGCCCAGAGGCUGGACUGGGGCCGCGGCCUCGGCUGUGACUUCGUCAUGAAGAGCUGCAAGUUCUGGAUGGACCGACAGAGACAGAGACGACACUCUGUGACUCCGUACUGUGACACAGUGAGAGCGUCUCCUCUGCAGCUGACCUGCAGACAGGACCAGCUGGCUGUGGCCGUCUGCAACCUGCAGAAGUACCCACAGGAGCUGCCGCUGGAGUACCAGUACUUUGAGAGGAUCCCUGAGGUGUCCUCGGAUGAGCUGUCGAUGUUCGGCGGCGCCGUGGAGAUCGCUGACUUCUGUCCCUUCAGUCAGGAGUUCAGUUGGCACCUGAGUGGAGAGUAUCAGAGGAACUCGUACUGCAGAGUGUCAGAGAACCAGCCAGACUGGUGGAGGAACUACGGAGCAGAGCAGUACGGACCGGACUCUGUGUGUCUGUACCAGAAAUCCGCCUUUGUGAUGGAGCAGUGUACCAGGAAGAUGACAUACCCUGACUGGGGCUCUGGAUGCUACAAGGUGUGGUGCUCGGCUCAGGGCCUGACGGUGUUUGUUCAGGAUCGCUCCUUCGUCUGCGUCCGGAAAGGUCAGCUGCUGAGCGUCAGCGUGCGAGUCAACGACUGGGUUUACAACGGCGUCCUGAUCUGCCCCGCCUGCACCGACUUCUGUGACGACUGCCCCCUCCCACACCAGCUCCCGCCCAUCAACUCCUCCAGGAGUCACCCCAUUGACCCGUGCUCCAGCUCUCCAGGUCUGGCCAUCACUCUGUGGCUCCUGCUGCUCAACCUGCUCCCCCUGGUGGCCGGACUGCUGCUCUGCCACUGCAGCUGAUAAAACACACUUAACACACACUAAACAAUGAGGUAGCUUAACACUCAUCUGGAGUCCUCUGAGGAUCUGGACCACACGUCUUUUAUUUCCUCACUCUGUCCUUUUCCUUCUCCUCCCUGUUUCCUUCCUCUCUCUUUCAUUCCUACUGUGAGUUCUUCUUCUUUGUUUCCUCCAUCAUUCCCUCCUCAGGACCUCCUCUCCUUCAUUCCUCAGCUCAUCUCAUCUCUAACUCUGUCAGGGAUCUUUCUGCUGAUCAUGACUGGAUGAUAUCGGUCUUUUUAUCGGCUCGUGUUGCAGCUGGUUCCACAGCUCUCCUUCAGCUCCUGAUCAUCCUGCUUCAUCACAGCCAGUUUUAUUCCUUCGUGCUGCAGUGACAGAGGAUCAGAAGAUCUGUCCUCUGCUGAUCUUUCCUUGCUUGAAUACAUGUGAGGAUGAAGAGGAGCUCCAGCUGCCUGCCGCCUGCAGUCUAACACUAAAGCGUGUUUGUGCACUCGGACGCUUUUAAAGCUACAAACACUUUUUUAAAACAUCAGACUUUUAAGCUGAAAGGUCAGCGUGCUUCCUCUGAAUGAGACGUGUGCAGUGUGGUGCCCUCCGCUGGCAGCAGGAGGUAACUGCUCAACUUUUUAAAGUUCAAACCAGAACACUUGUAAAUAUAAAUACGACUCUUUCCUAAGAUGCACUCCUGUUUUUAGAGGCAGGUGACGGAGAAAGUGUCGCCUGAGUUUCAUUCCCUCUUUUGCUUUGAGCAGAUUUGCAACAUUGUGUGAAUUUAGGGACGAAGAGUCGAGUGUGUUUCAGUUGAAAAUCUACAGAAGAAUACGCAUUCAGUUUCCUACAUGACAAACAGCAGGUGCUGUUGGGGGUCAGAGGUCAUAGCGAAUGUGUGAACACACAAAGUUAAAGUGACAGAGAUGCUCUCUUCGCUUUUUCAGUCGGACAAAUAAACCAAGUUAACUCACAAAACGUAAAGAAAGGAACUUAAUUUUCUUACUAAACAGAAAGUACAACCAACAGCUCAUCUUCCCCCUCCAUCACUUUGCUUUAGACCUCAUGUGAGAGUGCUGCUUUAUUGACACAUUGUUGGCAGCUGUAGUAUUAUUUUUUAGUUUGGGUCCCACAACAGGACACGUGCUGCUGAGGGUGUUUUAUUUUUUAUUUUACUAACUUUUGUGAAUGAAGCAGAGCGGAGCAGGGAGCCUUACAGAGCAUUAUGUUGGUGUUGAUAUUAUCACAGAUGUUCAGGUGGUCCUUGAAACGAGCCGAUCGUGUCAGGUUUUUGCAGUGAAGAGAGUUUAGUGAAUCUGACUCUCAGUGUCCUCGCCUCUGCCGUCUCCCUCUCAUCUUCAGACUAAAAGUAAAUCUUGUUUUUGGCAACUAUAAAAUAAAGCAAACUGACGUCGUAUUUGGGACAACUCCCGACGGAUUCUGACUCCAGGAUUUUUGUCUCAGAUCUUAAAUCAUGAUUGUUUGUAGAGAUGCACUGAUCCAGCUUUUUCAGUUUCAAUACCGAUCCCGAUGCUGUGGCUUUGAGUAUCAGCCGAUACCCGAUACUGAUCAGAUACCAUGGUUGACCUAAAAAGCGAUAUACCUUUACAUGUAGAACAGAAAAGACUAGAGGCAUCAGGCAUUGAUGACUGCACAGUCCCUUCCUGAGAUAAAAUGAAACAAGAUGAAACAGAUUAAUGCAAUGAUGAACUAUUUCUUUAUAACAAAAAUAAACAAUUGUGCAACAGCAGUUGAAAUAGUGUGAAAUACCUCCACACAGCAGAUUCUCUCCUUCGCUCCAUGACGUAUGACGUAGCUCACGUCGCAAUAGAUUUAAAGGGAAAGGAUCGCCUCAGGUAUAGGUUGCAUUUUCCAAUACCCGAUCCAUCUAUUUUGAUGAUGUCGGGGCCGAUAUUCGAUCCAGAUAUCGGUUCGGUGCAUCCCUAAUUGUUAGCUUAGUCUGCACAAGACUAUAAUAUACCGACAACAGACCAAAGUCAGUACGUGAACACAACACAGAGAUUAACAGCAGAUUAUUCACCUCCUGUUUGUAGAGAAUAUUUUGAACAAAUGAACACAGAGCAGAGAACAAACACCUUGUCCAGACUGGAUGUGAUGUGAACGAGCACAUGUGAACAUCAGGGGUCUCAUUUGUGAACGUACGCACAAAACGAGGCCUGAAAGAGGCGUAAGCCACUUCCCAUGUAAAAGUAGUGAUCUAUAAAAACAGACUUGAUGGGAGAAACUUUGACCCAUGCCGACGAACAUUUUGGAGAUGGGAAAUUUGCGAUGCAGAUGGCGAGGUGGAAGCCUGAUCGUAGAAACAGUAGAAUAUUUUAUGCUGCGCGCCAUUUUAGUAUGGCUCCCAUGCAUUGUUUUAUAAAUGAGACAUCAGAUAGUUUCAGUUUUUCCCGCUGAAGAUAACACUGCUCUGUGUGUCAGGGAACAGGCUGAGCUACGUGUCACUGAGGGCUGAACACGUAAUGCAAAUUUUAUUGUAAUUGUCUGACUGCAGCUUUCAAAUCCCAGGAGAUGUAAUAUGUGUUAAAAGUGUGUCAAAAUACCAUCUUAAAUUAAAUAAUGUCAUGCUGCAGAGACGUCCUGACCUACUCAUCAUAUCCUUUGUUUGGCGGAGAAAAUCACAUCAUAAUAAUCUUAAUGUUUUUCAGAGAAAAUGUGAAUAAUGAUUUGAAUAUAAUCAUCCCCAUUAACACUGCCGAUCAUAUCCCAACUGUAAUAACAGCAAAUAUUAUUUUUUCAACGUUCGCUGCUCCUCCAUCAGUCAGAAUCAACGCUGAUGUUUCUGUUUCCCUCCAGUCAGCAGUCAACAUGGAUCAAUGGAGCCAUUUAUAAUGUUGAGGAGCAGCACAUCUUAAAUAUCACACAGCACUUUCUUUGACAGUUAAUAUCACUCCUCAUGACAGGCGAUGAAACUGUAAACACAGAUCACUACAAUUGAUCAAACUCAAGAACACCACCAGAGUUAUGAUUAAAUAACUGAGACACAAACUCAUUUGCAGACGGAGAGAACACAAUAAAAAUCUCAUCCUGUCCUCACACUGCAACAUUGCGUGUAGUAUAUGUGGACAGUUGUUUGCUCUUCAUCCUCCAGAGUUCAUUCGCUUGCUGUACGUUAGGAAGAGGUGAAACAUUGACACACAGAAGAGGAAGAAUAAGCCAUGUACCUGCCAGCUGUCAGUCACUAAGAGCUGUCAGCUGUCAGUCAGUGAAAAACCUGAACAAGCCAUAGCAUGAUGAUGAUGAUGAUGAUGAUGAUGAUGAUGAUGAUGAAGGGGUAAAGCUGAAACAUUAGUCACAGCAGUUUACUCAGUGCUGCCACUGUUGGUCAGAAGCUGUACUGCAGCAUCUCACUGAUGGGUCCUCAGCUCAAAUGUUUUUCGCAGUAUGGUGAAGACACGACACGCCUGCUCUGCCUUUCUCAGCCUCUGAUUGGCUUAAGCUGGAAAUGUGUGUCAAAGGCCGUCCCCAGCACGCACCAGAAGCAUCACACUGCAGCUUGUCAACAGUCGACCUCACAAAGUUGUUGUUACUGAAAGAUCUGAACCUCUUCCACCUCUACGUUAGCUUAAAGCCAUGUGUGGACAGCCACUAAUUAAACUUGGUUUCUCACCUGAAGAGCCGAACUCCAGAGCGAUGACUCGCCAAGAAGUAUCUUUUCGGCCAUUGUCUUUAUAAUGACGGGAUUGUGGGUCAUUAAAGGAAAUGGCCACUUUAGAAUGAAAACACAGACAGUACUUACUCACCCUCAUGCCGACAAGAAGUCCAGUGUAGUUUUUCAAUCCACAAAACUCGUUCGGGGUAUCGGAGGAUAACAGCUAGCCAGAAUAACAGCUACACUUGAAGUGCAUGGAACCCACAUUUUGAAAAUGUAAUAAAACUCCGCUAAUGCAUUUCAAAAACAUCAGAACGGCUCGUCCGUCGUAAUCCAAGUGCCCUGAAGACGCAGCAUGCAAACUUGACUUGAAAAGAUGUAAUUUACUCCACUUUUACAGCAUCAUUUCUCACCGUAGUCAGUUAGCCUGCCCUGCAUGCUUGCUGUGUUUACAUGGCAACUCGCGUUAGACUCGAGAACUAGCACCACCACUAGCCAUCAGCUAGUCUCGCGCAAGUUGCCAUGUAAACACAGCAGUCUGCAGGGCAGGCUAACUGACUACGGUGAGAAAUGAUGUGGAGUAAAUUACG